UUCUAUUUCAGUUUUUUCUCUCUCCCGUGAAGUCAAUUUCCAUCUCCAUAUAUUUCCGAUCGAGUUUCUACGGCGAUGGCGAGCGAGAAUGAACCGGCGAAGUUGCUACUUCCUUACCUUCAGAGAGCCGAUGAGUUGCAGAAACACGAGCCCCUCGUCGCCUAUUAUUGUCGAUUGUACGCGAUGGAACGUGGAUUGAGGAUUCCUCAGAAGGAGCGUACAAAGACCACCAACGCUCUCCUUGUUUCGCUCAUUAAUCAGCUUGAGAAGGAUAGGAAGUCAUUGACUUUGAGCCCUGAUGAUUAUCUACAUGUGGAGGGAUUUGCCUCAAAUGUCUUUUCAAAGGCAGACAAACAAGAUAGAGCUGGGCGGGCUGAUUUGAACACUGCAAAAACAUUUUAUGCCGCAAGCAUUUUCUUUGAAAUCCUGAAUCAGUUUGGAGAGAUUCAGCCUGAUCUUGAACAGAAACAAAAGUAUGCAGCAUGGAAAGCGGCAGAUAUUCGGAAAGCUCUGAAAGAAGGAAGGAAACCUGUGCCAGGUCCGCCUGGUGGUGAUGAAGAUCUAUCUGUACCAUCAAGUACACUAAGUGGUGGAUACGAUCUUGAACCGAGCAGAAGUGAUUCCACCACCAGAUUCGACUCGAGCAGGACUGAUCCCUCCACACCAAUCCAUCCAGAUUCAGAUUCGUCACCUCAGCCAUACGAUAAGCUCAAUUCCCAAUAUCCGACCGACAAUAUUUCACAACCCUCAAAUAUUACUAGUUCGCCCUUUACAGUCCCUCCACCCCCGCCUCACUAUCCAACCAACGAUUACCCGUCCCACAAUUUUCAACAGCCACCUGAAAAUUUUCACCAGCCUCAGCCUCAGCCUCCUGAUAAUAUUCACCCUCAGCCGUACAAGCCCGAACAACUACCCCACCACCUUCCUCAACAUUACUUACCCCAAGACAUGGCCCCACCAUACUCAUACCCAAAUUUCCAAUCCUACCCCAGCUUUUCCGAGAGUACACUUCCCGCAGCUCCAUCUAACCACCCUUCUUUUUACCAAGGCCCAGAUGCUUCCUAUUCCAAUUCAUCGCCAGCUGGCGCGGCUAGUUAUCCUUCGGCUGCUCAGUUUGCCCCAGCCAAUAGGAACGGGAAUGUUCCAGAAGCUUCUCAAGUUACGAUGCCAAAGUAUGAGUAUGACUCUAAUUAUCAGCCUCCACCUGAGCAAAUUGCGGAGGCGCACAAGGCAGCUAGGUUUGCAGUUGGUGCAUUGGCGUUUGACGAUGUUUCUGUGGCGGUCGAGCAUCUUAAGAAGUCACUUGAGUUGUUGACUAGGCCAUCGGCUACACGUUGAGCUUAAUUAAAUAAAGAAAAUGAAAAGUUGGUUUACUUUUAUUUUUCUAUGUGAUUUGGUUCUCUGAGGUUUGGUGUUGAAAGUGUGGAGUGUGUGUAAAUUGUGAACUUUAUGGACGGUUGAACCAUGGUGGUGUGGAUAUGGUUUUUUCUUAAUUCUCGGGCCAAUUUAAUGACUACUUUUAAAAACCUUUGUUUCCAUCUCAUUUCUCUAUUUAUUAAAUAGAGAGAGAUAUCAUGAACUGAAGUUCAUAUUUAGUUAUUUACUUGUCACCAAUUUGGGUGAUAAGAUUAGCUUAUCUUUCUCU